AUGGUGAACUCUUGUAGCUCUGUCUGUUCUGGCCAGGGCUGCGGCCAAGGCCUCUCCCAGGAGACCUGCUGCAGCCCCAGCUGCUGUCAGCCCACCUGCUGUCGUUCCAGCUGCUGCCGUCCCUCCUGCUGCAUCUCCAGCUGCUGCCGCCCCUCCUAUUCUAGCUCCAGCUGCUGUGGUUCCAGCUGCUGCCGCCCCUCCUACUGUGGUUCCAGCUGCUGCCGCCCCUCCUAUUCUAGCUCCAGCUGCUGUGGUUCCAGCUGUUGCCGCCCCUCCUGCUGUGUAACCAGCUGCUACCGCCCCUCCUGCUGUGGUUCCAGCUGCUGCCGCCCCUCCUGCUGUGGAUCCAGCUGCUGCCGCCCCUCCUGUUCUAGCUCCAGCUGCUGUGGUUCCAGCUGCUGCCGCCCCUCCUGCUGUGUAACCAGCUGCUACCGCCCCUCCUGUUGCAGUUCCAGCUGCUGCCGCCCCUCCUGCUGUGGAUCCAGCUGCUGCCGCCCCUCCUGUUCUAGCUCCAGCUGUUGUGGUUCCAGCUGCUGCCGCCCCUCCUGCUAUAUCUCCAGCUGCUGCCGCCCCUCCUGCUGCCAGACCACCUGCUGUAAAACAACUUGCUGUCGUCCUAGCUGCUAA